AGCUCUAGGUCGAAAACACAAUGGUCAUAUUGUUGUGUCAAAGUAUUGCUCGCUGUCUAUUGUGCGUCGAGUUCUUCCUUUUUCUUGAGUUUAUAAGACAUGCUUGUGUUGCUCAAAAUUCUGUUAACAUAUUAUUUUGUGUGAUUGUUAAACGAUCGACUGCUUUUUUUUAAGUAAAUGAAAUAAUCAAACAAGUGAGUCCGGUGAUAUUUCUGAAAACUUGUACAAGAGAGAGAGUUAGAAUUGUUGUCCAAUAUUGUAUCGUAUUAUAAGUAUUUCGUUCGAUCACAAUUGUCUCGCUUAUUUAUCAUUUGUAAUCUGUUUUAUCUCGAUUUUGGCUUAGAUUAUGGAACAAACCACAACCCAAGACCAAGAGGCUAGAGCACUAAACUGAAACAAGCCCAUAACCCAACCCAAAAAACCAGAACCUGGAAACCAGUCCAGCCCAACCCCUUGCAUUGGUCGCGCGUGUGCAGUUUUCAGGUCAGAGUCGAGAGCAGUCGUGGAAUCAUCGUGAAUCAUUCACAAACAGACUAAGAAGAAGAAGACGCUUCUCUCUGUGUUUCCCAAUCCCAAUUACUCUCUAAUUAUAAUUUCUUCACAACAAUCAACUAAUUUUCUCCUCUUUCUUUAUUGACAUUUUAAUGGGAAUGAUCUCCCUUCUUCCUCACAAAUCAGCCGCAAGUCUUCUCCUUCUCCUCCUCUACUUUCUCCCCCUAUACAUGUGACAAAGCUGAAAGGUCCCCUACUUGUUGUAGACUCCAAUCAAGGGCUUUCUGUUUUUUUUUUUUUUUUUUUUUGGGUGAAGUUUCUUCUGGUAAGCGCUCGAUUUUCAUCUGGGUAGUUGUUUUUCCUUCGAAAGUUCGUGUCUUUACUUCUGGGUUUUUUGGUUUUUGAUUGCUAGUUUGAUCUGGAAUGAUGGUUUUGGGAAUUCGGAUCAUUUGAAGUUGUCCGAGGUUCCAUUUUGGGAACUGGGGUUUCAAGGGGUCGAUGAUUGAAUGAUGAUGGCUUUUUUAUUUGCAGAUUUUUGUGUCGUUUGGUUAGGGGACGAAUAAUGCGGGCGCCAUCGUUGCUUGCGCAGUGCUGGCCUGGUUUGGUUCCUCAUGAUCGAGGAAGUCAGAGCAUUUCAUGGGUUUCUGAAAGAGAUGUUCACCUCUCAUCGCCAGCAGUUGAGAUUGUCCCUGCAAAGGCACAUCACACGGACAAGUUUGCCGUGGGGAAUGAUGAACAUGGGGAGAGUAUCUUCAAGGGUAGGAUUAGUGUUGCUGAUAUAAUCGGGUUCACUGGCUCUGACACGAUCUCGUCGAAACCAGAUGGGUAUAUGAAAUUUUGCGACAGCUCUAUCGAUCUGGUUAAUCUCCUCAAGAAUGAAAUCCGUGAUGGGCAACUGAGCUUUAGAGGCAAGAAAGUUCUUGAGCUCAAUUGCAACUAUGGGCUUCCUGGAAUUUUUGCUUGCCUGAAGGGUGCCGCCGCAGUCCAUUUUCAAGACUCGAGUGCUGAAACCGUAAGGUGUUCCACCAUUCCCAAUGUCCUGGCCAACCUCGAGCAAGCUCGUGAUAGACAAGCCCGGCAACCAGAUUCUCCGCUGACACCAUCGAGACACGCUCUUUCCCCAGCAGUCCACUUCUACGCUGGUGACUGGGAAGAGCUCCCAAGUGUGCUCUCUGUAUUAAGGAGUGAGACAUCUGAAGCAGCGACAACCACGGGAAUGAUGAACUUGAGCUUCUCUGAGGAAGAUUUCAACGACGGCUGCAGCAGCCAAGAUGGCAGCGUCGUGGCCCCCGAACAUGCCAGAAGAUCAAGGAAGCUCUCAGGGAGCCGAGCUUGGGAGAGGGCUAAUGAGAGCGAUAGUGGAGAGGGAGGUUAUGAUGUGAUCUUGAUGACCGAUGUACAGUACUCAGUCACCCCAUUGAAGAAGCUGUAUGUUCUGAUUAAGAAGUGUCUGAGGCCACCAUACGGAGUGAUGUACUUGGCGACGAAGAGGAAUUACCAUGGUGGAUACAGCAAUGGAGCUAGGCAGCUGAGAGGUUUGUUGGAUGAAGAAGGCUUGUUUGGAGCUCAUCUGGUGAAGGAAGCUGCUGAUAGAGAUAUUUGGAAGUUCUUCCUCAAGUGAAGAAAAUUAUAUCACAAUACCAAGUAGAAAUAACAACUAUACAAAACUUCAUUGUUUGCAGGCUGGCUAACUGGUUAUCUCCAAAUUUCAGACUUCAUUCUUUUUGUUAUGUUCUUCAGCUAGAACAAUGUUAUCAAAUAUUAUACUGAAUGUAUAUUAGGAAUCACUAAGUAUAUAGUGAAAAUCCCCCACCCCCUUUUUUCACUCCCAAAUCAAUGGAUUUGGAAUCCAGAAAAAAAGGUUAUUGUGAUUCCCUCCCAUUGUGAUAAUUCCCUUUUGCUAGUUUUUUUCAUUUGUGAAGUUUGUUUCAUGUUUGUAGAUAAAAAUUCAUUCAUUUU